AUGCCGCCAAGUCUCGACCCGCUGUUCUUUCCCCACAUCUUCGAAACCAUCCUUCUCAACUCAGACCGGAAAACACUCCUGACUGCACGACUCGUCUCCAGAUCCAUGUGCAGCGUCGUGGAUCCUCUGCUGUGCGGCCCAUUCCUCGAACUUCUCACUGAAUCGGACGGUUCCCUCGGGGCAUGGUCACAUGGAAGGACAGGUUCAAUUGAUUCUCGCCGUCUGCCAUACUUCUAUCGCAACGGCAAUGAGUCAACGCGGAUUGCGGCGAUGCGACAAGCCAGAGGCUUCGGCAUGCACACCUCCGCGGCAAGCCGGUACGCCAACAGUCUCUUGCAACAUCUUCCCCCUCAGGUUCGCAUCAACAUCAUGCACUACGACAUUAACUACCCUCUACCCCCUUGCGCUUUUGCUACAAUGCCGGGCGACAUCACGCUUCCCGCCUGCUCGUAUCUGCAGAUCAUUGUUCAAGGAUGUGGAAACGCAUGCUGUUGUCAGGAGACAGCCGCGUUCAAGCACGUCUCAGCGAGCGUUGGGAUAUGCAUCGAAGCCAACUACCCCCGAGCUCAUGACAUGUCACACUGUGAACAGUCAAAUUGCAGUGUCAUUGCUGGUAUCAUCAAUCCUGGCGUUACUGAACUUGUUCUCGUCGGAGUAGAAAUGGGAAUGCUGCCUUGCCUGUUCAACGGCAUCAACGUUCAAGCCAACCCGGACCUGCAAGUGCGCUUUCGGCUGUACGAUCGCUUUAGUAGCAGUAGGGAGGAGAGGCUAGCCCGCGAGGCUGUCAAGUGCUUCGAUGUGUCUGAAAGCCAGGUCCGGUUCGACUACUUCAACUCGUGCCUGUCUACACCCGUCCAGUCCCCCACGCCGUAG